UUUUAAAAUAAAGUAAAUCCACGUCAGCAUUCUGGCUCCCAGACAUCGACAUCCACAUCCACGUCAUAUCAUCUCUCUCUCCCAUUGCUCGCUGGCCUUCUCCCAUCCAUCUUCCAAACAACUAUUUUUUUUCCUUUUUGGUUUUCUCCGAGGACCAAGACCUUUAACCCAUAAUCCCAAGUCACCCUGAAACUCUCAUUUUCUUUGGGUUCACUCUUUAUACCGGCACAUAAACCGGUAACCAGUAACACCAAGCCAGAAAACUACUUUUAUCACAGGAAAAGCUCCUUAGUUAUCAUGUAAUAUUAUUCAUUAUUAUUCGUUUUGUGUUUCUGUGGUUAGCUAUGAACACCUUAAAUGUGAUAUGCACAGCGCUUACCGUUGUUUUUGCCGUCUUUUUGGUUAUUCUGGUGGCCGAGAUUCUCUAUGUGCUUUGGCGUCGGAGAAGAUUUCGAGGUGUGAAUGUCGCUGACGGCGACGGCGAGUUCAGCGAUGAAUCAUUUUACUCAACACCAUCAAAAGAGCUACUGUAUUUCUUCUGCUGGAAGAACCAGACAUCUCAAAUCGAACCUGAUGCAGAAACAGCAGCAGCAGCACUCCCGCCGAUCACGCCUACGGAUGCGCAGGUAGAUGAGAUGUUGAAGCAGCAUGCGCUGUACGGACCAUCUAGAGUGUUGUUCACUAUAAAAGAAGAGGAGGAGGAGGAGAUGCAAACAGAUGUGUCUUCUGCAGAAAACGAAGAAAGAAAAAGGAAAAAGAAGACGAAGAAUAAGUCGAGGAGCAUCUCUUUGGAAGAUGUUGCCGCCGUUGCUGCUGUGGUGAUUAACAUAGAUGAUUCGACGCCGUUUUCUACUCCAUGUACGUCGCCUCCGUACUAUACUCCAUCAUCGUCUCCUACUCGUGACAGAAAUUCACCACACUCUUCAGCUGAAAACAUAGUUUUAGAAGCCAAUAACGAUAUGCAAAUAGAACCACGAGAUAUUGUUAUAAACGACGACGUUUCAGGCGGAAAGACCGCGUCGUUGCUUAGCAUAGAGUUCCACUCUUCACAGUAAAACAUAUGUGCUGUAGUCUCGGGAAAACAGUUCACGUCGGAUGACUGGCCGGAGUAAUCAUCGGCGGUUUUUGUCACGCAUGUAAUUCACUGUAUUUUUCGUUUUCAAUUUGAUUUGACAGGUUUGGGACUGGGGAAGUAUGGAGUUGAUUCUGAUGUUGCCACGUCAGUGAAAGUCAACCAACUGGUGGGGUCAAAGAAACGUGGCAAAAUCAGACGGUGGAGGGACUAAAUAUUUCUGUGUUUUGGUUAUAGUGAAGUGGGGAAGGGUGAUCAUUUAUUGACCGAGGAAGGUAAGUGCGAAGUGGUUUCUGACCGGCCAUUA